GGGGGCUGAUCAUAAAUGGCAAGGAAAGUGUCAUGUUUCUCAUAAUGUGAUUGGGGUGUAGCUGCAAUAAAAUUUCACUUCCCCUACGCGUAUUAAAGGUUUGUCCUUUGUAAGUGUCGGCUACACAUGGACAGUUAUGUGAUAUGACGAUAUAAAGCUUUGAGACUGGGCCAGCCGAUAUAUUUUACAAAGGCUACUUAGGUUGCGCUAAAUGCACAUGAUGUGUAGCAUAUUGCCCAAACCUACAUAAUGUCUGGGGGGUAUGGGUUGAGGAAUCGCCAACGAUGAAUAUUCUAGCAUUAUGUGACGAUGACAUCUGCCGGAGGAGAUUACUGGAUUACAGUUUACAGUCUGGUGGAGUGACAGGGACCCACUCAGAGCGGAUGCGGAGGAGAAUGAGUGAGCAACGUAAUUGAUGCGCACUGGAUAGGCUGCACGGAUGCGUCGAGAUCACGGUAGGAAUUUAAAAUGGAAAGAUUGACAUCGGUCAUCAUCCAUAUCAAUUCCUCAAAUAAAUGCUUGCUGAACUCACGGACAACAUGGAAUAAUGUCGCCCAGUGCUGCAUGCCGAGGAGAUUUUCAAAACCGACAUACCUCGCAACUUUCAAAGAUGCUGGUCCUGACUUUCUUACUAUUUGGUCUUUCGCAAGUGGGGAGCUCUAGGUUAUGCACCUACAUAUGCCAGUGCUAUGAGCACUCAGACCUGGUAGACUGUCGCGCUCGAAAGCUUACCAGCGUACCCCACGGCCUUCCGCAUGGCACGUGGCUCCUGGACCUCGGUGGUAACGUCCUGACAGAGUUGCGGAGUCGGACGUUCACUGGACUUUGGUCCCUUCGGAUUCUGGUCCUUUCAGAGAGUCAUAUUCAGCAAAUUCACACACAGGCCUUUUACUCGCUGUCCUUCCUGGAGAAGCUGGACAUGAGCCGUAACCACAUCUCCGAGCUGCCAGUGGACUUCUCCCAGAGCCUGUCCUCCCUGAGAGAGCUGCGUCUAGAACACAACGCCCUGCAGCAGCUGGUCCCCCCAAGCCUGGAGCACCUUGAGAGCCUGGAGAAGCUGGACCUGAGCCACAACAACAUCCACACCCUGGAGCCCGGUACUUUCCGAGGACUGUCCCGGCUGAGGCACCUCUACCUGCACUCCAACUGGCUGGGCACCAUACGCGAGGGCUCCUUCUCCAUGCUGCCAGUCCUGGAGCUGCUGCUGCUGGGCCAAAACAACAUCUCGCGCAUCGAGACGGAUGCCUUCGCCCCGCUGCACAGCCUUGCGUUGCUGGGCCUGGAGGGCAACCAGUUGGAGCACGUCAAGUUCAAGAUCUUCCUGAACCUGCACACCUCAGGCACGCACCUGCAGCUGGCCGGCAACCCCUGGAGCUGUGACUGCGACCUGCACCGUGUCUUCAGCAAGAUCCUCAGCGUGCGCCACCUGCACCUGGACGACUACCGCAAUGUGACGUGCCGUGAGCCGUGGCAGCUGGCCGGCGCCGCGCUGGCCGGUGUGGACAGCCAGCUCUGCAUGGCCGAGACCGCCACCGUGCUCAUCAUCACUGGCGCCGUGCUGGUGACUGUCAUCGGGGCUCUGGUGACCGCCGAGCACAACCGCAAGAACAAGGCCAAGGGGUGGAAAGAAGCCGACACGCAGGACCUGCAGGAGAAGUGAUGGAGGGGUGGAGGACCUUGUGAGAGGAGAGGGGCAGAGGGUGUGGUCCCCAGAAGUACGGUCACUUUUUCUUUUGGCCAUUUCUGGCCAACACAAUUUGCUUUCAGUUUUCACUUCGAAUUUUUGACACUCAAAGAA